AUGGAUACAGAUCGAAAUGCUCAUUCACUCUUCACUCCAAAACUCGAGGAAGAAGGGGAUCGAAAAGAAGACAGGGAGAUGUGGAAUAUAGAUGCUUUGUUGGUGGGUUGGCCUGGGCCACCACCAAGCAGUCCUUUGAACAAGCAUUUGAUGAUCUAUUCAAAGAUCAUUAAUGAUUGCGAUACUAGAAGGUCAAGGAGAUUUAGGUCUGUGACUUUCAAGGAUAAGCAGUCGGUGAGGGACGCGAUCGAGAGUAUGAACGACCAAGAUCUUGACGGUGAUGGUGGCAGUGGCAGUAACAGUGGCAGUGGCGGUGGCGACGAGAUCAGUCCUGUGGAGGCGGUGGUUGAUAUAGCGGUAGCGAUGACCGUAGAUAUGGUGGUGGUGACCUUAGUUUUGGGUUAA